UCUCUCUCUCCCUCUCCCCUCCAUUCCAUUCGAUUCGACCCACCACCGCCACAUAAACCAAAAAAAAAAAAAAAAAAACCGCCGCCGCCCGCCGCCGCUUGCUCCUCCUCCGCUCUACUCUCACAGCCGCCGCCGCCGCCACUCCUCUCCUCCCGUCGGCGGCGACCGACCUAGGGUGGGGGGCUCGACUCCUCUCGCCUCCGAGUCCGAGUGAGCAACUGGGCAAGUACUGAGAACCCCAAGUGACAUUUAGAAGAUCUAUUCAUUCAUAUGAAAUGUCACUGCUUAGUAGAUUCUUCUACAAGAGGCCUCCUGAUGGAUUACUGGAGUUUAUUGAUAGGGUCUAUGUUUUUGAUUCAUGCUUCUGCACAGAAGUCUUGCCACAUGGCAUGUACCCAGUCUAUUUGACUGGUAUUCUUACAGAUUUGCAUGAAGAACAUAGCCAGUCUUCAUUUCUGGGUAUUAAUUUUAGAGACGGGGAUAAGAGAAGCCAACUCGCUGAUGUCCUGCGUGAAUACAAUGUUCCAGUAAUUGACUACCCUCGUCAUUUUGAAGGCUGCCCUGUGCUUCCUUUAUCUCUUAUCCAGCAUUUCCUUCGUGUCUGUGAACACUGGUUAUCCACCGGAAAUAAUCAAAAUAUCAUACUGCUACAUUGUGAGAGGGGAGGCUGGCCAUCAUUAGCAUUUAUGUUAUCGUGUCUCCUUAUUUUCAAGAAACUGCAGAGUGCAGAGCAUAAAACUCUGGACCUUAUUUACCGUGAGGCACCUAAAGGGUUUUUGCAGCUCUUUUCUGCCCUCAACCCAAUGCCCUCUCAGCUCAGAUACCUGCAGUAUGUAGCUAGAAGAAAUAUAUCUCCAGAGUGGCCUCCAAUGGAGCGGGCACUCUCCUUUGACUGCCUGAUUCUUCGAGCCAUUCCAAGUUUCGAUUCCGAUAAUGGAUGCAGGCCAUUAGUCCGAAUAUUUGGGCGAAAUAUUAUUGGCAAGAACGCUAGUACGAGCAACAUGAUUUUUUCAAUGCCUAAGAAGAAGACUUUGCGCCACUAUCGGCAGGAGGAUUGUGACGUGAUAAAAAUAGAUAUACAAUGUCCAGUCCAAGGAGAUGUUGUUCUGGAGUGUGUACAUCUUGAUCUUGAUCCAGAAAAGGAAGUUAUGAUGUUCCGGAUAAUGUUCAACACUGCUUUUAUUCGUUCGAAUGUACUAAUGCUGAACAGCGACGAUAUAGAUAUAGUAUGGGGUUCAAAGGAUCAGUACCCAAGAAAUUUUAGAGCAGAGAUGCUGUUUUGUGAGCUUGGGGGCAUAUCUCCUGCAAGACCUCCAACAGCAACAUUGAAUGGUGAUAUGAAAGGAGGUUUACCAAUUGAAGCCUUUUCAGCUGUUCAAGAACUCUUCAAUGGAGUUGACUGGAUGGAAAGCAGUGACAAUGCUGCCUUUUGGUUGCUCAAGGAGUUCUCAGCAAAUUCCCUCCAAGAGAAAUUUCAAAAGCUAAUACUCAGUGAUAUGGAAGAGCUUUCAAAGUUUCAAGCUAAAGUUGGUCUCCAAAUACCGCUAAUGUCUCCUCUGGAUUCUGAUGAAGAAAAGUAUUCAGUGGCUUCUGAUUCGGUUUCUUCAUCUGAGCAUGAGAAGGUUCAGCCUGGUGGCAACUCAUCUGACUCGGAGAACAUUAAUCAUGAUCUUACCACUGAAGAUACUGCAUCCAUGGGCAAUGUCUUGGUGAACACUCCAUCUGUCCUACCUCCCACGACACCACCUCCUUGUGGUAGCUUAUCUAUCCUUUCCACUGAUGAAAAUCAGCUGCCCCCAGAAGUACAGCAUGAGUCACCAAGUGACAGGAAGCUACCAUCUCCAUCACCAACAGCUGCUGCACCGCCGCCGCCACCACCGCCACCACCGCCUCCAAGUGGAAACAAACCUGCCUUUUCCCCACCACCACCACCACCGCCGCCACCACCACCACCACUUCCUCAGAGUAACUAUGCAUCUUCUCAGCCUCCCCCACCGCCACCACCACCACCCUUGCCAAACUGUUUAGUCCCAUCUCCACCUCCACCUCCACCACCGCCACCAAUCUUGCCAAACCGUUCAGUCCCACCACCUCCACCGCCACCACCGCCCUUGCCAAAUCAUUCAGUCCUGCCACCUCCACCCCCACCACCGCCACCACCAUCCUUGCCAAACCGUUUAGUUCCACCACCUCCAGCUCCGGGAAUAGGUAAUAAAUUCCCUGCACCUCCUCCACCCCCUCCUCCCCCUCGCUCUUCUAGCAGAACGCCUACCGGUGCUGCCACUUCGUCAAAAGGGCCACCUCCUCCACCACCUCCACCUCUGCCUCCAGCUAAUCGCACCAAUGGCCCUGGUGUUCCAUCUGCACCCCCACCUCCUCCACCUCCACCUCCAGCUAAUCGCAGUAAUGGCCCUAGUGCUCCAGCCCCACCCCUGCCUCCACCAUUGCCUGCAGCUGCUAAUAAAAGAAAUCCUCCAGCACCACCACCUCCUCCCCUGAUGACAGGAAAGAAAGCUCCUGCACCACCACCUCCGCCACCUCAAGCACCAAAACCUCCUGGAACAGUACCCCCUCCGCCACCAUUGCAUGGUGCAUCAGGUCGACCACACCCCCCAAGCUCAAAGGGUUUAAACGCACCUGCACCACCUCCACUAUUGGGAAGGGGAAGAGAAGCAACUGGAUCAGCAAAAGGUCGUGGAAUUGGAUUGGCACAGCAAAGUAACCCUCCAAAGAAAGCUUCACUAAAACCUUUGCAUUGGGUAAAAGUUACACGAGCAAUGCAAGGCAGUCUCUGGGAGGAUGCGCAAAAACAAGGAAAUCAGGCUAGGGCUCCUGAUAUUGAUUUAUCAGAAUUGGAGAGCUUGUUCUCCACUGCGGUUGCAACCAAUGCAAGUGAAAAAGGAGGAACAAAGCGCGGUUCAGCUAUUAGCAAGCCAGAAAUCGUUCAUCUGGUUGAUAUGAGAAGAGCAAACAAUUGCGAGAUCAUGCUUACUAAAAUUAAAAUGCCUCUUCCUGAUAUGAUUAAUGCAAUAUUGGCUUUGGAUACGUCUGUUCUUGAUAAUGACCAAGUGGAAAAUCUCAUUAAGUUUUGCCCUACAAAGGAGGAAAUUGAGAUGUUGAAGAACUACAAUGGCAAUAAAGAAAUGCUUGGGAAAUGCGAACAGUUUUUUCUGGAGCUAAUGAAAGUACCUCGCGUGGAGUCCAAACUGAGAGUGUUUGCUUUUAGGAUUACAUUUUCAACACAGGUAGAAGAGCUGAGAACUAACCUAACCACCAUAAAUGAUGCAACAAAAGAGGUGAAAGAGUCUCUGAAGUUAAGGCAGAUAAUGCAGACCAUUCUUACAUUAGGGAAUGCAUUGAACCAAGGAACAGCUCGAGGAUCUGCGGUUGGCUUCAGAUUAGACAGUCUUCUUAAAUUAUCAGAUACUCGAGCUAGAAACAACAAGAUGACACUAAUGCAUUAUUUAUGCAAGCUUCUUUCUGAGAAAUUGCCUGAGCUUCUUGAUUUUGACAAAGAUUUAAUUCAUUUGGAAGCUGCUUCUAAGAUCCAGCUAAAGUUGCUUGCGGAAGAAAUGCAAGCAAUAAACAAAGGUCUAGAGAAGGUUGAGCAAGAAUUAGCUGCUUCAGUGAAUGACGGUGCAAUUUCUGUUGGUUUCCGUGAGGCAUUGAAAAGCUUUCUUGAUGCAGCAGAGGCUGAGGUUAGGUCCCUAAUUUCCUUGUACUCGGAAGUGGGAAGAAACGCUGAUUCACUAGCUCAGUAUUUUGGCGAGGAUCCAGCACGAUGCCCUUUUGAGCAAGUGACAUCAAUUCUGGUUAUAUUUGUGAAUAUGUUCAAAAAAUCACGUGAUGAAAAUGCUCGAACUGCGGAACUUGAGAAAAAGAAAUUAGAAAAGGACAAGGAAAAGGCAACUUUGUCUGCAAAGAAAGUCUUGGAAUGAUACUACUGCUACACUGAAGUUCCAUCUUUGCGAAGUAGAGCCAUGAUCCAGCACCAGCCAUGGCGGAGAUGCCAAAUUGUGUAUUGUAAACGAGAACCUGCUUCUGCUUUUAGUGGACAUGCAGGGCUGUAAUGCCUGGAAGCUGCCUUGUUGGAUGGGUGCGAUCCACGAAAUGGGUGUCAUUUGGAUUGCAACCUUGGAAAGUUCUGUGAUUACCAAUAGGCGGCAUUGGCGAUAUGGCUGAGCGAAGUGCAGCGAGAAGUGCUGCUGCUGACAGUUUUGGUGUAAAUACAGUAGUUACUAGGAUAUAGUUGUAUUACCUGUACAUAGAAUAUGCAGCCCAAGUGGGAGGAAAGCAAUUAAGCAAACAACAGUAGUGUUGUAUAAUCAAGAACAAUCAUGUUUCCCUUCGUCACAGGUGUUAAUUCGUGGCUCGCCAAUUUCUCUUGUGCUUUGCAUUUUGCUCCUUUCUAAUGCAUUGGUUACUCAAGUAAA